ACACAUUGCGAAUUUCUCGCUCGCAUCUGUGUCGUAACUCGACAAUUAACGGCCGAUUGAUUUCACUUAGUCCUCGAGAGUUGAGCCAUGAACGAGAGCCGGCUGGCUGGUCGAUGAUAGGGUUACACGCACAAGCAAAGCUGCCAACACGUGCCAAGGAGAACUUGCCAUUCGACUACUGCACCGAGUCCUAAAAACAAUAAAAGAUGUCACGAGUAAAGCAGUUGACGAAACAAACGGCUCGAAAGUCGACCACCGGCCGCCCGGCACCAGUACUUCGUACUGAAAAAGAAGCAAAAAAUGAACCGCCAGAGUUACACAGCUCAGACGACAUCGUGACGUCCAAAAAGCCGAAUAGAAAAAUACGCUUCAAGCCAGGGCUGCUGGCCCUACAAGAAAUAAGGUAUUACCAAAAAAGCACGGAGCUCCUCAUCAGAAAACUGCCUUUUCAAAGACUAGUACGAGAGAUUUUUCAAGAUUAUAAGGACAACGUAAGGAUCCAGAGCGGCGCUUUGCUGGCCCUUCAAGAGGCUGCUGAGGCGUAUUUGGUCGGACUAUUUGAAGACACAAAUUUGUGUUCAAUACACGGUAAACGUGUGACGAUUAUGCCACGCGAUAUGCAGCUGGCGAGGCGUAUUCGCGGAGAAAGCAAUUUCAUCUAGAUGAUAUUUUUUUAGUGAAUGUAAACUAUAUACAUUAUAUUUUUAUAAAAGUAGUUGA